GUUUGACAAAAUAAGAAAGCAAAUGUUGUGCCUGUGCAUGCAUUUCAAUCUUAAAGACGUUGUUUUUAGUCCUGGAACAGAACAUGGAGUAGAUCUUGAAAGAUAUGUCUCAGAAACAUUGCACCUACUACCAGUUCUCCUUCAAAGAAAAGCCAUAUAGGAAAGUCAACCGGUAGUACUUGGCUUGUGCUGCCUGUUGCUCGCCUGUGCUCUGGUCCUGAACCACAGCCCCAGAUUACAAAGAUCUCAAGAACAGCCAUACGAAUCUUGACGUGCCCCAAACUGCCAACCCACAACAUCUCAUCACCACAUUGCUGCAGUCUUCAGUGCUUGCUCGUAAUAAUCAUACUAGGCCUUCGAUCUGCAUCUUCCUAGCAAAGGAACUGGGAUAUGUUUACAGCUCAUAUAUCCCCCGGACCCCCGGCACUGCAUACUAGAUCUCUCCAGAGUCCAGUCCUCCCUCGACCUCCCAUGUACCAUGCACACAACACAGCUGCUGCUCAAAGAGCCACAUGCCUAGUAGAUUCUAGUCUUGGUAGCUAGCCAGAGAGAGAGAGAGAGAGAGAGAGAGAGAGAGCAGAGCAGAGCAGAGCAGAGCAGAGCAAGCAACCAAACCAAGAAGAAAAGGCAAGAAGAGGUUUAGGCUAGCGGGGAGGAGGAGAGCCGGCGCACAAUGCAUCAGCAACAGCACCAGGAGCGGCCGCGGGAGGUGUACCGCGAGUGCAUGCGCAACCACGCGGCGAAGCUCGGGACAUACGCUUCUGACGGAUGCUGCGAGUACACCCCCGACGACGGCCAGCCCGCACCGAUGCUCUGCGCCGCCUGCGGCUGCCACCGCAACUUCCACCGGAAGACGUUCCUGGACGCCGCGGCGGGGGCGCACGGCGCGAUGCUGCCCUCCCCUGCUGGCGCCUCCCCGGGCUACGGCAGUGGCACGCACCACACUGCGACUACUGCGGCCGGCAUGGGCGGUGACGCCGGCGCGCACGGCUCCGGGGGCAGGCGGCGGACGCGGACAAAGUUCACGGAGGAGCAGAAGGAGUGCAUGGCGCGGUUCGCGGAGCGGCUCGGCUGGCGGAUGCCCAAGCGGGAGCCCGGCCGCGCGCCGGGGGACGACGAGGUGGGCCGCUUCUGCCGAGAGAUCGGGGUCACCAGGCAAGUCUUCAAGGUGUGGAUGCACAACCACAAGUCCGGCGGCGGCAGCGGAGGCGCCGGCGCCGGCGCCGGCGGGGCCGCUCAGACGUCGUCGUCCACGACGCGUGGCGGCGGGAGCGGCGCCGUUGGAGGAGGCGGGAGCAUGUCUCCGGCGAUUUGCGCGGACGUCGAGGACGACGAGGAGGUGAUGAGGGGCAGUGGAAUGUGCAUGUAGUCGCGCCCGCGCUGCAUAUGUGGCUCGCGCGGCGGCAAUGGCAUGGCCUGGCUGGCUGGCUGCGAACCUGCGACCGAUCAUCGAUGAUUAACCAAGCCUUUUGCUGCUAAUUCCUUUCGGUGAUUUUGCUUCUAUGAGUUGAUUAAUUGUUGAUGAUAUGAAAUAUUCAUUGUUAUAAAGGCUUUGCUAAUUGAUGUUUUGUCAUUGUGAUCAUCAUUCAGACCAUUAUUGAUA